AUGCCCAAGAGGAAGAUCAGUUCCGCUGAAGGGGUGGUGGAGGAAGACCCCAGGGGCGACUGGCAAGGUUGUUGGCUAAGUUUGCUCCUGCAAAAAGUGGAAAUGAAGCCCUCGAAGGCAGCUGGGAAAGAUAAGCUGUGGGACAGAAGAGUGCAAGCAAAGGGGAAGAGAGGAGUAACGGUUAAACAGGCCAAGAUGGCUCACCAAGAAACUGAAGAUGUGCCUGCAGAAAAUGGAGACGCUGAAAAUGAGGAGAGCCCAGCCUUUGGUGAAGCAGAAGAGAAAGAAGCCAAGUCUGAUUGA